AUGCCACUGGUCACUGGUCAUGCAAAUGAUACGGCGGGCGGCGUUAAUAACGCUCGAGCCAAGACUCGAGCCAAAAAACUUAAAUUGCACCUCGAACCGUCGAGAGUAUCCAACGGAAUAGAGAAUUGUACAAGAGGCUGCGGUCUGCGGUCGCAAAGGCGGUCCCAUGUGGUGGUACGCGCGGGACGCGUCUCUGUUAUAAGGGGGGGUCCCGGGCAGCGCGCGUUCAGUGUACCCGAGUGUCCCGUGUCGAUAGUGCGCACUCCUGCGUGUGCUUGCAUAUAUAUCACCACCAUUCCCGCAGAAAUAACUCGACCCCUCAAGAUGCAGAUCGUUUUGGCCACCUGCUUUUUGCUAUUCGCAGCUACCCUUGGUCCCGCAGCAGCACAAAGGAUAACGACUAUUCAACUAGAUGGCGUUCAAUAUUUCAUAUCAAGAAUGAACCCCUACAGUCCGGAGCUCAACUAUUUCCUUGCUUAUCAGUACUGCAGAUCAUUAGGUUUGCAGCUCGCAUCUUUUGAAACAAAGGAAAAAGCUGAUUCUAUAACUACGUAUCUGACUAAUGCAGGUUACAACAAGUACGAUUUUUGGACUUCCGGAAAUAAUCUGGGUACGGACAUGUACCUGUGGAUGAGCACUGGGUUGCCGUUCAACGCGACAUUUAACUACAUGAGGCGCCUGACAAUGGACGCACCCAGCCAACACGCCGACGAUAGCAUGGACCCGCUAGACGUACCGCAGGGUAGCACUGCCCCUCAGCGUACCGCGAGACAUGGAACGGAACAUGUGAUGACAAACGGGUGCGUCUCGCUAAAGGCACCGACUUUCCACUGGGAGCCACAGCACUGUGGAGAGAUCAAGGACUUCAUCUGCGAGCAGACCCGCUGUUAUUACUACAACUACGGCUCCAUCCCCGUGUCCUCAGCGCAGGGGAAGCCGCUGUCAAUGACGACGACGACUACAGCUCACCCACUGACGUCGUCGUCGCCGCCGCCGCCGCGCUCCGAACACCUGCCGACUCACUUCACCCUCAACGACCUCAUCGGCAAACUGCGCCCUACCUCGCUCGAUGGCCUACAAUCGCCACACAUCAAGAAGCUAGGCCUGUCAUCAUCGCCACAAAUUGACUCCCACUAUUCUCGCGCAUCCGACGCACACGCGCAUGAUACCGAGCCAGAGCAGAAGGAACAGGUGACCCAAGGGCCGUAUGACGACGAUGAGGGCAUGGCGGGUGAUGACCCCGCUGCGUACCUGAGCAACGAGCAGCGCGACGCGUCCGCCGACGACGCACCCUCUACUGCCGAGCCGGACGCCACCGAACACUCCGUCCACGCCAGCGGAAUGCUGGCUCCCCCUAAGUAUUAG